AUGAAUUCUGGUUCUAAUAUUUUGCUUGCUUUUUGGGUUGUUCUUGUUUUCUGUGGCACAGAAGCUAGCACAGGAGAUGUUGGAGUCCUACUUUCCCCAGGCACUCCUGGAAACCAAGCAUUUCCGGCUGUUUUAGCAUUUGGAGAUUCAAUACUAGAUACGGGUAACAACGACAAUGUUUUAACGAUAACAAAAUGCAACUUCCCUCCCUAUGGAAGAGACUUCCCUGGAGGAAAAGCGACUGGAAGAUUUGGAAAUGGAAAAGUUUUGUCUGACCUAAUAGGGGAAGGUUUGGGGAUUAAAUCUGCAUUGCCAGCAUUUCUUGACCCAAAUCUUCAAAGUGAAGAACUUGCCACAGGCGUAUGCUUUGCUUCAGGUGGUUCAGGAUUGGACCCACUAACAGCGAAACUGCAGAAUGUUAUAUCCAUCACCGAUCAGUUCAAUUUCUUCAAACAAUACAUUCAAAAGCUAGAAGGAACCGUAGGACCGGAGAAAGCCAAAGCCACCAUAUCGGAUAGCUUGUUUCUCGUGUCAUCUGGAAACAAUGACAUUGCGAUCACCUACUUUGUCCUUUUGAGGAACUUGCUACUAGACAUCGAUUCAUACACAACACAAUUGGUUAGCUGGGCUUCAACUUUUAUUAAGGAUAUGCAUGGAUUGGGAGCAAGGAAGUUUGCAUAUCUAAGCACGCUACCUUUGGGAUGCCUACCAGCAGGGAGAACUGUUGUUGGAGGUUUGCUAAGAGAUUGUGCAGCUUCUGCCAACGAAGCAGCAAAGAUGUUCAAUUCUAAGCUUGAAACAGAACUAAACAAUCUCAACAGUAACCUUCCUGGAGCUAAGAUCGUCUUCAUUGACGUCUUCAACCCUCUGCUUAAUGUCAUUCAGAAUCCUAACAAAUUUGGAUUUGCUGAUGCCUCCACUGGUUGCUGUGGCACGGGGAUGCUCGAGGGAUACUGGAACCUUCAAAGUGGAUCCAUCGUCAUGUCGUCAAUGGGUCGGAAAAUCACGCUGAGGAGCUCGGACGGCGAGGACUUCGAGGUGGACGAGGCCGUGGCUCUCGAGUCACAAACGAUUAAGCACAUGGUCGAAGAUGAUUGCGCCGAUAACGGCAUCCCUUUACCCAACGUCACCAGCAAGAUCCUCUCUAAAGUAAUCGAGUACUGCAAGAAACACGUUGAAGCACCCAAAUCCGACGAUCGUUCAGCCUCCGUCGAAGAUGAGCUUAAGUCUUGGGACGCUGAUUUCGUCAACGUCGAUCAAGCCACCCUCUUUGAUCUCAUCCUGGCUGCUAAUUAUUUGAACAUCAAGAGCUUGUUGGACCUGACGUGUCAAACGGUGGCGGAUAUGAUAAAGGGCAAAACACCGGAGGAGAUCCGUAAGACAUUUAAUAUUAAGAAUGAUUUUACUCCGGAAGAAGAGGAAGAGGUUCGCCGGGAGAAUCAGUGGGCCUUUGAGUGAAGAAUCUCAAUUGAAUUUGAACAUAUCUUUUCUUUUCUUUUUUUUUGUAAUUUCAGAGUGUUUGAGAACAUUGGGUCGUUAUUUCUGCGUAGUUUGAUUACUGUUACUGUCAUCUUAAGCUCAAUUCUUUUACUUUCUUCGACUGUUAAUGUCUUGUUGGACCGAUGCAAUGUUAAUUCAUGUUGUUCUUUUACUAA